AUGAAUCCAGUGGAAGACCACACCUUUCGAGGUGCCUUUUGGUAUAAGGAAUACACGGAACUCCCCUUUGGCCGCCAGAGGCUUCGGGGCUUCGUGAGGGUCGCCGUCCGUCGUAUCAAGAAUGAGGAAGGUGACUUUUGUCAAAUCGUCACCAGGGAACUCAUCAAAUACGUCCGUGUUCCACUCUCGAAUGUCGACCUUAAACUUGCCCGUCUUGGAAAGAUGUCCUCUUCACGUCUUGGAAACCACUCGGACGGCAAGAUCUCUUCCGCGUUGGGAUCGAGCUGUAAGCUGAGGUGCGGCGCGUUGUCAUUGCUCUUUUUGGAGAGCUUUUUUGCGCAAACGGGGCAGCGUAUCUCUGGUUUUGUCAUGGUGAUGUGCUUGAGAGCCAGGAGCGUGGAUCGUGGAACGGGGGCGUGGAGUGUGGAGCAGGAGCUGGGAGCAGGAGCUGGGAGCAGGAGCUGGGAGCUGGGAGCAGGAGCUGGGAGCUGGGAGCUGGGAGCAGGAGCUGGGAGCAGGAGCUGGGAGCUGGGAGCAGGAGCUGGGAGCUGGGAGCAGGAGCUGGGAGCUGGGAGCUGA